UUCCCUUUCAUUCCAUGGAUCACGUCGAGAAAUUAAUCUCCGAUGUGAAAUUAUCGUCCGUCGUGCCGGGGAGGAUCACCGGCGACGACAAACUUCAGCAUGAAUUUACCAACAUGGACUUUAUCAUGAAGCUUCAUUACAUUAAAGCUCUUUAUUUUUUCAAAAAUGAUGCUGUUGAAGGUUUGCAUAUUCAUGACCUAAAACUUCCCAUGUUUAACCUUCUUGAACUUUAUUACCCAACUUCCGGCAGAAUUAGGCGGUACGACGACGGUGAUGGUGGUGGUGGCCGGCCGUUCAUAAAGUGUAAUGACGGUGGUGUUAGAAUUGUUGAAGCAAAAUGUAAAAAUAAAACAAUUGAUGAGUGGCUUGCCAUGAAUGAUAAUGAUCAUGAUGAGGAGCUUGUUUAUGAUCAACUUCUUGGUCCUGAGUUGGGAUUUUCACCUCUUGUUUUCAUACAGUUCACUUGGUUCAAAUGUGGAGGGAUGUCAAUUGGGCUAAGUUGGGCUCAUAUACUUGGAGAUUCAUUUUCAGCUUCAAAUUUCCUCAACAUGUGGGCAAAAAUCAUGGUUGGUCAACUAAUUUCACCUCAAUUUCUUCACAAGUCAACAAACACCAACAAAUUGAUCAAUAGUAAUCCAAUAUUACUAUCUAUUGUUGGAAAGUUGCCAUUUUCUCUAAAGAGAGUUGAUCCAGUUGGUGAUCAUUGGAAAAUCACCAACACUAUCAAAAUGCAAUCACAUUCUUUCCAUAUCACACAAAAGCAACUAAACCAACUAAUUUCCAAGGUUUGUGGAACUUAUAAAGUGAAGCCUUUUGAUGUUAUUUGUGCUACAAUGUGGAAAAUGUUGGCUAAGGUAAGGGGAGAAUAUUCAUCAGAGCCCGCGAUUGUGACAAUUAUACGUGGGGAUGACAAUGAAACAACUGAAGUCGUGUCAAGCAACAAUCAAGUGAUUAUCAGCAUAGUUGAAGCAAAUGACGUUAAAGUUUCUGAGGCUGAUACUUCAGAACUAACAGAGUUGAUAGCUGAAAAGACCGUGGACGAGACUAGAGUUGUUGAAGAACUAAUGGAAAAAGAAAAUGGCGUUCCGGACUUUAUUGUGUAUGGGGCAAAUCUCACAUUUGUGAAUCUUGAAGAGGCAAAGAUUUAUGAUUUGGAACUUAGGGGUAAACAACCAAUAUUUGCAAGUUAUAACAUAAGUGGAGUUGGUGAUGAAGGUGUUAUUUUGGUAUUACCAAGGCUUGAAGGUGGAAGGAUAGUGAAUUUGGUUUUGCCUCAAAAACAAAUUGAAGGUUUGAAAAAUAAGAUGAGAGAGGAAUUAGGUGUUUUUUGAAAUUAGUAUUUUUCUAUUUUCAUGGCCAUUUGAUAAAUAAGGUUCUUGGCUUUUGU